AUGACCGGGCGAAGCCACAUCAAGCGAAGCGUCCGGCAAGCUGCAGGCGAUGUUCGGCAGAUCAGCCGCCUGGUGGACGAGGCGGAGAAGUUGCCAUGGCCAGACAAGAAAGAGCUUGGUGACGUUUACGCUGUGGCCAUGAACGCCAUUGGACCUCUGCCAUUGCAGACGGCCCCCGAGGAGUACGGCGAGCUCUGUGUCAAGAGACUCAUGGUGCUCUGCCACGUGGACCCCGAGGAGGCGAAGACGUUCAACAGCUUCCUCACCUUCUAUGGCAUCCGACAGGAGGACCCUCGCUUGCAACACGCGGUGACCACCUUGGGCCGUGAUAGUUUGGUGCUGGGCAGCCCGCCGCGCGUGCCUGAGAAGGAGCAGCGCGCGGCUCCAGCGGGCGAAAACAGCCUCUUUUCGUUCACGCCGUUGCGACCCAGGAAUCUCAGCUACAGCAGCUGUGACACCACGCGCCUCGAGGAGGCGAUCGCGCAGGUGGCGGCGCAGGCCUUCGCCGAGAAGGACAGCUCUGAGGGCCCACAGAGGCCCGCGCAGCCGGUGACGGUGCCCUCCGUGCCCUCCGUGCCCUCCGUGCCCUCCGUGCCCUCCGUGCCUCGGAAGGAACCCACUCCUCUGCUCACAGAGCCCACGACGCGAAGCUUUCCCCGCGUCUCGGCCGUGGACCUGUCGCCGAUCCCGGAGGACCGCGAACGAUUGGGGCCACGAGGCGCCAAGAGUGACGGAGCUGACGAAGCGAGACAGGAGGCCCAAGCUCCUGAAGCAGCGCAAGGACUUCCGAAGCUCGUGGUGGUGAAUGGCGUCUCCUAUACGCGACUGCAGACCAUCGGCCGGGGAGGAACCUCCAAGGUGUAUCAAGUGAGAUCUCCAUGUGGGAAGUUGCUGGCACUGAAGCGCGUCACUGCCAGCUGCCCCAAGCACUUCGAGGCGUUGGCCAAUGAAGUGACUCUCCUGCUGCAGCUGAAGGAGUGUCCCAACAUCAUUCAGGUCCUGGACGCUGAGGUCUUACCCGAUCGGCUGCUGAUCCACAUCGUGAUGGAGGAGGGGCAGAUGGAUCUUGGCAGGCUCCUUCAAAGCCACGCAGACAUGUCCAUCGGAGACGUUCAGGCGCUUUGGAGGCAAAUGCUGGAAGCCGUCCAGGUGGUGCAUCAGGAGCGUGUGGUUCAUUCAGACCUCAAGCCGGGGAACUUUAUGCUGGUGAAGCAGCGCCUGAAGCUGAUCGACUUUGGCAUUGCCAAGAGGAUCGCCAGCAAUACGACCAACAUCAGCCGUGAGUCCUCCGUGGGGACCAUCAGCUACAUGGCUCCCGAGGCUGUGAAGCAGGGCGCGGUGAAGAUUGGGCGGCCCUCGGAUGUCUGGUCUUUGGGCAUCAUCCUGUACCAGAUGAUCUACAUGCGAGCGCCGUUUGCUCAUUUGGAUCCCAUGCAACGGCUUUUUGCCUUGACCGACCCCAACGUGUCCGUGGAGUUUCCGGCGUCGCAUCGUUUCGAGCAGCACUCCAAGGCCAUGAAGGACACCCUGCUGGAUGUUCUGCAGAGGUGCCUCCAACGCGAUCCCGCGCGGCGUCCCACGAUCCCCGAACUGCUGCAGCAUCCUUUCGUGCUGCGAGAAGAUGUGAGGUUAUCGCGAGCCUCCUUCGACCGCACCUUUGAGGCCUUGCUUCAGCAAGUGGUUGCCGCAGCUGAAGAAGGACUUGGCUCCGAGCCAGGUGGUGAUGCGGAUGAAGGAGGCAAGCCGCGUUGGCAGUCAUUGGCCGACGAGGUCUGGCAGCAGCUGGUGGAUGGCGAGGCGGACGAGGUCACUCGGGGUCGCUCGAUUGCUGCAGCGCUGCAGCCUUUCAAGGAGUGGCUGGCACGGGGCGCCAAGCGGCAACGGGUGACGCCCCGCGCCGCGCGGGACGCGGCGCCGGCAGCUGCACCAGAGGUGAAAGUGGCACUGAAGAAGGCAGCUGAGGCGAUCUUGCGAUGUGAUGCUUUGCUCUUCACGGCCGGUGCAGGGAUGAUGGGCGUGGACAGCGGGCUGCCCGACUUCCGGGGCUCCACGGGACUCUUCAAGGACCGCGAGGUGGCCAUGAGCUACGAGGAGAUGAGUGACGACAAGUGGUUCACGGAGGACCCCUUGUUCGCCUGGGGCAUCAACUACACGCAGCUGUCCAUGUAUCGUCGCAGUCCGCCCCACGCGGGAUAUGAAGUGCUACUGAAGUGGGCCAAGACCUUGGGCAAACCCUACUUCGUUUGGACGUCCAACAUCGACGGGAUGUUCGAACGAGCGGGAUUCCCGGGCGACCGGGUGGUGGCGUGCCACGGCGACCUACACCACCUUCAAUGUACCAAGGACAGAAGAACCUGCAAAGGCUUGGAAGAGGAUGGUGCGGAUGAAGUCUGGUCCUCGGAGGGGAUCCCAGACGACUUGGACGCGGAGGUGGAUCCCAAGGCCUUGCGGUUUCAGCCUGACAGCCUGGAGCGCGAGUGUUUCCUCUGCCCACGAUGUCGACGAUUAGCGAGGCCCAACGUGUGGUUCUGCCAUGACAAGAACUACAAUGUCUCCAGAGCCACAAUCAAGUGUGGCAAUGCUUACAAUCAAUGGCUCUCAGAGUUGCAGGAGCGCAAGGCUGCAUUGGUGGUGGUCGAAUGUGGAGGAGGCUUAGCCAUCCCCAGCGUGCGGGUUCAAAGCGAAGACGCCGUUGAUGGGAGCGGACCUGGCUCGCUGCUGGUACGGCUGAACCCAGUGCAUUGCAAGGUGCCGGAGAAGGGAGUGGGACUUCCGUUAGGGAGUAUGGAAGGGCUACAGCGGAUUGAUAAAGAGUUGGAAGCUUUGAAGAAGGAUGGAACUGAUGAAGCACAUGAGCGCCAAGCUCGGACUCGCCGUGGCAAAGUGCCCGGUGCACGGACCUUGUUGGCUCCCCUCCUCCGUGGCCCCUGUGAGACGCGUUUGUGCUGUGGGGUGGUGCUGCUGUUGGUGAGGCGGCCCCUUCACUGCGCCCGGUCGUGUCGCGCGCGGCGCCGCGAGCUUGCGGCCCUCCUGGCGGGGUCGGGGUCUGCACGGUGUCGGGCAGCGGAGUUCGGAGAGCUGGAGCCUUGGCUGAAGUCUUCGACUCGGAUGGUGAAGGUCACUGAUCCCGAGACCUACUCCGCUUUGCUCUACCGCCCAGUGGGCUCAACAGAGCCGCGUCCCUUGUUGUUGGUGCUCCCGGGAGCGGGCAAAAACGACCAGGAUGCUUGGGACCUCGCGAACGUGCAGGGGGAGCACGGCGGCUUGGCGCCGAGCCUUUUGGCGCAGCGCACGGCACCUGAGGAGCUGGCGCAGAACUUCUGCGUGGUGGCACCCUAUGCGGCUGGAAAGCGGAGCUUCUAUGAAGAGCCCCGGAAGAAGAUCUUGGCCUUCUUGGACUGGCUGUGCCGCCAGGGCGACGGCUCGGGUGGCUCGGGCGCGGCCUCUUCGGUGCAGAUCGAUCGAGGGCGGCUCUUCUUGUUUGGCUUCAGCGAUGGCGCCACAGAGGUGAUGGAACUUGCCAGUACCAGGCGCUUUGCGGGUGGCGUGGUGUGCGCGUAUGGCUUCACGGGGGAUCUGCCCGCCCUGGCGUGUGAGAGGUUGAAGAACUUCCCUGUUUGGGUCUUCCACUGCGCGGACGACGUGAUUUUCCCGGUCUCCUGCAGCGACAAGCUGGUGAAGCGGCUGCGGGAGGUGAACUCUCGAGAUGUGGUGCGCUACACGCGCUAUGACCGCGAUCAAGAGGGCUUCACCGGCUCGGUGCGGGGGCACAGCACGGGCAUCACCGCAUCGAAGAGUGCGGAGGUCUAUCGCUGGCUGCUGUCCUUGCCACCCUUGGAGGCCGAAAGUCGUGGUUUCACCCCUCCCAAGAAACUGCCAAAUCCAGUCCAACCGCUUCAAUCCAUGAGAUCUUCAAACAUGGACCGAUGGACCGCCAACCAGUGGCUGUGA